UAGAAUUCGCAUGAUCUGCGGUUGCUCCGAUCUAGUCUGCCGGAUUUCUCCUCACACAAUCCGGGAUCACUUUUGACGGACUCCGGCAACCAUUGCGCACCACGCUUUGUAGCUGAGCGCGAAGUAAAAAGUAAACAGCAGAACUUUCUGCAUGCAGACCUGAGGAGACAGACAGACACUUCCAUUCACUUAACGAAAGUCAAGAGAAAUUUAGGCAUGGCCUCGGGGCAUGCCUUACAUAUGCCCUCCCACCAUCUGACGGAAUGGAAUGAGAAUGAAACCUGUAGACCCACGUCAAACGAGCACGAAGUGUGUCUCGACCCCUACUUCAGUCACUAUCUCUUCCGAAUCGGCAUCUACGGGUGGAGGAAAAGAUGCCUGUAUUUCCUCAUCAUCCUUCUGUGUUCCUUAGUGGUCAUCAACCUCUCCCUCACAGUGUGGAUCAUCAAAGUAUUAGACUUCACCAUGGAUGGAAUGGGGAAUCUAAGAGUGAGGAAAGAUGGCAUAAGACUAGAAGGACAGUCCGUCUUCUUAAAAUCACUUUACGUUUCAAAAAUACGCUCUAGGCAGGACCAGCCUCUUAGGCUUGAAUCAGCCAGAAAUAUUACAAUCAAUACAAGGAAUUCAAAGGGAAAAAUAACAAGUAGAUUAAAUUUAGGUGAUGGGCGAUUAGACUUGUUGACAUCUCAAUUUACGAUUAGAAAACCAUCAGGAGACAUUCUCUUAAAAACAGAUGGCAAAGAGGUAAUAAUGGCGGCUGAUAAAAUGAGAGUAACAGGGAAAGGAGGAGUUGCAUUCACUGGUUCUAUUCAAACACCUUUGAUUAGAUCAGAGCCUUCGAGACAACUGAAACUCGAGUCCCCAACACGCACAUUACGGGUCCAGGCUCCUGAAGGGAUUGGUAUAGAGUCCAAAACAAGUGACAUCAGCGCCACUUGUUUGAAAGAUUUCCAUCUUCAAUCGAGAGAAGGCAGAAUCUGGCUUGACUCUGAUCAGAUAUUACUGCGCAACCUUCGAACAGCGCUGCCUACGAGCCGGGGUCGUUCGUAUCAGGGAAUCUACGCCAUGUGCUCCUGCGAAAACGGUCGUUUGUUCCUCUCCGCGCCCGAUGGACACUGCCAAGCGGAUGAAAUCGUCUGCCAGUGACCGCAGACACUAGGAAAUAGGCUUUUCGUUUUCAAAGUGACCAAUCUAAGCUUAAUUUUCUAAGCAGCUUUUUCAUAGUUUUGAUAUCGGUCCGGGUUAGAGUUCAGUUUUUCAGUUCCUCGAAGAACCUUUUCGAAUGAUGCUAUUCAUCAUUUCAUCAUUUAUCGGAGCCUCGAAGCAGCCGGAGAACCAAAAAGUAUCUUCAACUUAUGAAACUGAGUGCUGAAGACACAUUUAGUUUUAAAAAAAUACGGACCCAAAUAUACCGAGCUGAAAUAAUAAUGCAAACAGUGUCAUUUCAUCGUAGGAUUAUUUCGAUUUAAAAGAAAUUAUGUGCACGCGAUUUUGUACUAUAGACUUACUGUGGUAAACAAUAUAAAUAGGGGGAAAAAAAGAAAUUAAAACACUGCUUUAUAGUUAAAAUUUUAAAUGAGAAAUUCCUUGUAAUGUGGUGAAAUACGCAUAACAGUCCUUUAAGUUGUCUAAAAGAAUAUAUAAAUAAUUGGUUUUUAUGAACAAAGGUGUUUUUUUUUUUUCUUUUGUGAUUUUGCUUCGGAACAUUUUCGCUUUCAGUAUUUACAGCGUUUAUCAUUUUCAGCCCUUAAAUGACAGGAGUUUGAAAGUUUACCGCCUGCAGAGUCAGCGAUUCAUACACUUGUGUGGGUUUUUUUCUCUUAUCCAAUUGGAUGACACUUUCUGUUUCGGGAAUAUUGCUUUUUUAAUUCAAUGAAAAAUUCACAGUGCACUUGGAAUGUUUAUGGAUGCCAUAUAAAUUUUUGCGUGAGCGACGCAAGGCCAAUCCAUUUAAUUAUUAAUGGUUCUUCAGAAAUACGGCCGAGAACAAAAAAAAAAAAAUCCCACUUCCUGUUGAGGCAAUUUUCUGAACUGUCCCGCUGUCUUUUGCCUCCUUCCAAACCGAUCUCAUCAUGUUUAUAAACAAUACUGAUUAACGCAUUCCGACUUGAAUGGUUUUUCCUUUGUUGCAGCACUCAUUUCUAAAAAAACUGAGCAGAACACAUAUCUUUUCAUUAAUGGAAUAAGCAGAGUUUACUUCAGAAUGUGAAUGUCAGCUCUAUAUAUUUUGGAACAUAAUUUCCCAUCUUUCAUGCCGAUUGUAAAAAUUAUUUUUCAGUUUAAAUCGGUGAAAUUGCGAUUGAUUCCCGUUGGUACUGAAUUGCAGUUGGCUAUUACCGAUAUCUGAAGAGAUUAAAAUGACAUUGAAGGAAGUAACCUUUUAUUUCUGUCUCAGAAAUAAAUAAAACGCAAAAAAUAUGUAAUAAAUUGGAGAUCAGAAAUGCUGUGAUGUACUUAGCCAAUUUAAGUGCAGCCCCUGGAUUCAAAUUUAACAUAGACAGAAAUUUAUACAGUAGUGAUGAUUUUACUAUUAGCCAAAAUCACUUUCGCCGCCGUCUGUUAAAUGAUUUACAACUUCAUAAAUGACUUAAUGUAUUUGACAAAUAUAUGGCUAUAAAUAUAAUUUGAAAAAUCUUUAAGAGUUUUUAUUCUUUUGAACAAGUAAAUAAUUGUCAAGAGUAGUGAACAAAAACCAAUGGCCAUCCAUUCGUUUCUUCUGCCGUGCCAGAGUCCAGAGCUACAGUCUGCAGUGGACGAAGAUGUCAGUUGUUGGCUCCUCACAUUCAAGAAUUCUUGAAGAGACAAUGGAAGGACCAGGCUUCACUUGUGGAAUAAGUUCGAGAUGGUCUAUUGUGUCUUUUUUGGCAUUUAUAUCUUGCCUUACUAGCUUAUAUAGCACAUCUCGAUGAAAUUUGGCAAGAGAUAUCAGCUGACCAACCUUUCUUGAUAUCCAUUUAAGUACAGAAAAUGGCAUGUUCUCAUUCAGUGCUUUUUGCACAGUGGAUGUAAGGCCGAUGAUUCAAAAUCCCAAACCACAGCCUCUUGAACCAUUCAAUGAUGUCCUUUUUUUCGUUCCCUGCAUGCUAAAAUGUUCCAAGUCAGAAAUGGUUGUUAUGGCCCAUGUUGGUCAACAGGAAUCAUUUCUUUUUUCUCUUUCAUUUCAAAAUAAUUUUGCAUCCAUCAUCAGGAAUGAGUGUAUUCAUUUUUAUAAUCCAUCCAUCCAAAUUCUGUAAGUGUUAAGAAAUAUUGCUAUUCUCUGCAAAUUCUAUAAUGUUUGAAAUUCGGACAUGCCAUAAACUUAAGAUUAACUGUUUCUACAUACUGCUCCUUGUGAACUUCUUCGAAUAUAAUCGUAGCUGACAAUUUAAGGCUGUGUACGCACCGAUGCGCAUAUUAAUUCGCGUUAUUAAUGAAAACACUGGUAUGCAGAGAACUUGGCUCCUUUGUUCCGACUCACGCUACUAUUCAUCAAUCAUCUAAUGGAUCUUAAAUGUUUUCUUCAAAAUCCAUUGUUUUUCAGUCAACUCCUGUACAGUGCAAAAUCCAUCAGCACAUCAAAAGUACGUGCAGACACAGUGCUGAAAGUCUGACACACACCACAAGCAAAACAAUCGUUUCCUUUAAAUGUAAGACCUAUCUAAAAUGUUCUCUCUUGACAUUAGGAUGAAGCUCUGACUUCAUUCACGUUUGUUGUUAAAAGAUUGAUGCAUAUGCAUUCAACAUUUGAGUUUAAUUUCAUUAUUUUUUUUAUUUGGAAAAGACAAUUACAUUUCUGUAAAAUGAAUCCGCCAUAUUUUCAUAUGGAUUAUUGUCUAUUAAAAAAAGUCGAAAAUGGAUUUCUAAAAGAUGAUAAAUAAAUUCCAAUAUUUGCGAAAUUUCGAUAAAUACUUCAUUUUCUAGUGAUUCAAAAUUUUGCCUGAAUACAUCAUUUAGCUAUUACAAAGAAAGAAACGAAAAUAUUAUUUUUUGUCAUAUUAGAAAAAAACGUAACGUUCCUUAGUUUUUAAAAAAAUAAGAAGAUGGCAUCACAUUUUGCCAUCUUCUUAUUUUUUACAUUAACUAAGCACUCAUUAUAAAUUUUCUUUUUCAUUAUUUAAUAUUUACGAGAAUUAAGACGAAAGUUAUUUUUCUCUCUCAGCUAUCUCAUCAUUUAUUUUGAAUAAUUAGAGAGCGCUUCCUUUAUUAGAAACAAAAUACGAAUCAAAGUGGUUAUGAAAUUAUUUUUUUGUUCUAUUAAUGUCUCUUUUCUUGUCUAGAUCAAAAACAAAGUAUUAAAAAUAUUCCUUGGGUGAAAUUAUUUUUUUACUCUUUUUACAUAAUGUGUUAAAAUAUUGAACAAAUAGAAAUUGUUAAAUUUUUUUGUUCAUAAAAAAUAAUUAUUUAAUAAUGAACCUUUUAAUAAAGCGUUCAUUUAUCAAAUAAAUACGUUCUCAUUCAAUGCCAGAAAACUCGAAGUGCAGAUUCAAGGAGAUGAAAUUCGAAUGGCUCAUUUUGUUGCAUGUGAUUCAUACAAUCCGGUUUUGGUGUUUGGGAAAAAUUGUCUGCGCGAAUCGUUUCUGAAUGCAUCAGAUAAACUUAAUUUUUCAAUGCAAUGCUGUAUCCGUCCUGUAUUUGUAUCAAAUAGAUUAAUGAUUAUCA